UCGAAAUUACGAGCGUAAUGAUAUAGUCGUGCGCGUUGUCAAAUGCCAAACGUAUUCACAGUGUUUGGUUUCUGAGUCAAACAAAGUGUAAACUCGUCAAGAAAAUUUCCAAGCUCAAAGGAGGAAUUUCAUUUGUGUACCAGCCGAAAAUUAAACAGCAAUUAAUAAUGGCACGACGCGGAGCACCCAACGAAGAUUUAUCAAACAUUGAGUUUGAAACCAGCGAAGAAGUUGAAGUUGUGCCCACAUUCAAUUCUAUGGGCUUGCGAGAGGAGCUUCUUCGCGCGAUUUAUGCAUAUGGUUUCGAGAAACCAUCAGCCAUUCAACAAAGAAGUAUUCUGCCAAUUGUCAAAGGACGCGAUGUGAUUGCCCAAGCUCAGUCAGGUACCGGAAAAACUGCAACAUUUUCUAUUUCCAUUUUGCAAUCGCUUGAUACGACUCUGCGCGAGACCCAAGUAUUAUGUUUGUCACCUACUCGUGAGUUGGCCGUCCAAAUUCAGAAGGUUAUUUUGGCAUUGGGUGAUUUUAUGAACGUGCAGUGUCAUGCGUGCAUCGGUGGCACCAAUUUGGGUGAAGAUAUCCGCAAAUUGGAUUAUGGUCAGCACAUUGUCAGUGGUACGCCAGGUCGUGUAUUCGAUAUGAUCAAGCGUCGUGUACUACGGACGAGAUCCAUUAAAAUGCUUGUACUCGACGAAGCUGAUGAGAUGUUGAACAAAGGGUUCAAAGAGCAAAUAUACGAUGUCUACAGAUAUUUACCACCAGCCACACAGGUGUGCCUCAUCUCGGCCACACUUCCACAUGAAAUUCUGGAGAUGACAUCCAAAUUUAUGACCGAUCCCAUUCGAAUUUUGGUAAAACGUGAUGAAUUGACACUCGAAGGUAUCAAGCAAUUUUUCGUUGCGGUUGAACGAGAAGAAUGGAAAUUCGAUACAUUGUGCGAUUUGUAUGACACGCUUACCAUUACCCAGGCCGUAAUAUUCUGUAACACCAAGCGUAAGGUUGAUUGGUUAACGGAAAAAAUGCGAGAGGCCAAUUUUACUGUUAGCUCAAUGCAUGGUGACAUGCCGCAAAAAGAACGUGAUGAAAUUAUGAAGGAGUUUCGUUCGGGUCAAAGUCGUGUAUUGAUCACAACAGAUGUUUGGGCCCGUGGUAUCGAUGUACAGCAAGUGUCAUUGGUCAUCAACUACGAUUUGCCAAAUAAUCGGGAAUUGUACAUUCAUCGUAUCGGUCGUUCCGGCCGAUUCGGACGCAAAGGUGUGGCCAUCAAUUUUGUGAAAUCCGAUGACAUCCGAAUUCUUCGUGACAUUGAACAGUACUAUUCAACGCAAAUCGACGAAAUGCCAAUGAAUGUGGCAGAUUUGAUUUAAAUUGCGAUUAGAUUAAAGUUUACUCGCUCUUUCUUCUUUUCUUCAUAAUGAAUAGCCCUCAAACGAAAAAAAAAAAAACAAACAAGAAAUAUGAUGAUAGGAUACAGAAAUUCGUUUGCUUGAACGGUCAUUCUGUAAGCGAUACAAGUUAUUUUAAAUUUAAAUACAAACAUUGAACAUGUCCACAUGUUGAUAGACGAAAUAAAUCUUCUUCUUUUUAUUUCUAACCAAUACUUUUUCUAGUAAAAUGGAUACAAUAACAUUAACGUGUGACAAAUGGAUAAUUUACUUCUCUUUUUUCAAUAAUUUAAGUUUCAAAUGCACAUGUCAAAAUAAAAAAAAAUCUCAAUCGGAAAAUAAAUUAUUUAGCCAAGACGAA